AGGAAAUACCUCGUGCGGUCUUUAGGCAGAUCUCCUUCGCAAGCGCAAGGUCCAACCAAUCUUUAGUUUGUAGCUAGUCUGCACCAAACGGUAUCACGACCUCGAAAUGACCUGGAAAAACAAUGCCGUCGGGCCGUGAUGACGGAGUCCGCUUGAGCCAACAUAACAACCUAUAUAGAGGCGUCCUUCCAGUCGUGCCACCAGAUGGUGCUCUCGAGAACCCGUCGAGGAAGAAUGCUGCAACAGCCGCAUCAGCUGCUGGUGUUCGUGCACUGAGCGCUCAGGCCAUCGCCUUUUAUUUUAGAGCUCCCGUGAAGGCCUUCUUCCGGACGCGCGUUGACUAUCUCGCCUAUGCCAGAAGUGUCCAUCAGGCCCAAACAGAACUCCUUGUAAAAGCCGUCGCUAACGACCACACGUCAUCCCGGCUUGGCUUGGCAUUUAAACAAGCCUGGCAAUGGGCCCGUGGCACAACGCCGGGACUACUUACGACCGUGAUUCGGCAGCAUGGCUGGAGUGUCGUUCCAGAACAGAUUCUACCGCCCCUGAUAGCUAAUGUUAGCGUCGGUGCUCUCCUAUACACCAGCUAUUUGCAAGUCCUUGGGGCACUUCAUGAAGAAAGUUCGAGGUCAACCCGUCGUGUGUUUCCACCACCAGACCCCAUUCAUACUUUUACUGCGGGUUUCCUGGCUGGGAGCAUUCAGAGUCUAGUUGCCGCUCCCCUAGAUGCCAUACAGGCUAGGUACGACCACCGGGAUCUUGUUCAAGGAACCGGUGGUAAACCAAGGAGUAUAUGGUCAUUUUCUGCUGAGAAGUUGCGCGAGAUCGGCGUGCGAGGCGUUUUUGCUGGGUGGGGCUUGUCAUUUAUAAAAGACAGCUUUGGCAGCGCCAUCUUCUUCAGCACAUUCGAAUAUGUGAAAGCGCAAGGUUACUACAAGUUUAUUACCUGGUAUUACAGCGGGCUCAAUCGGGAUAUGGUUGACAUCCUCGCGCGAAAACGCCCAACUUCUCAAGAUGAGAACAAACCUCUUGUCAUCCGACCUCACUAUGCUAUUGAGCCUAUGUUUUUGUUGUUUGCUGGCGUUGGAGCAUCAUUCGCCCAACAAGUCCUCCUCCACCCAUUGACCUAUGUGCAGAACAAGCACUGGGACCAUUUGGAAGAUCUCGAUGCAAAGGCACAGAAAGUCAGAAUAUCUACUCCCGAUAAGUCAAAGCGGAGAUUCAGGAUGCUAAGGGCAUACUAUCGCGCAUACCAAGAAACAUGGGCGCAAUGCGCCUCAGAGGCUGCAUCGGAAGGCAAAGGAGUAGUACGUAUGUUAUAUCGAGGCUUCUGGUGGACCACGAUUCGCCAAGUCCCAAGCACCAGCGCAGGUCUGAUUAUCUUCGAGCUGGUUCGGCGGAAAUACGGUAACCGCGAUGAACCGGUUCGCGUUGCAACAGAUCACUACGAGAUUCUUCUUGAUUAGGUCCGGUACAACAGCACCUUAUUACAAGAAGCAACAACACUAGAAGGGCGUUUUUGUUCGGCUUGAAUAGUUUUCACAAAGUUUGCAAUAUAUAUUUCAUGUAAAUGUAGAGAACAAAUCACAAUACACAAAUAGACAGACCCCAAUCCACCUGCUGUUCGCUUCUCCGCAGCACGACACCAUAUUGAGCAGUAGA